AUGAUUCCUAUGACGUUUAACGGCGACCCUGGAUACACGAACAAAGGCAGAGAUUUAAAUCGUUUUCGCUGCGAAUUGAACGCCUAUCACAAUCUCCGUGGAUUCGGCGUGUGCUACCGAGGCUUUGUUCCCGCUUUUUACGGCCACAUCGAUCGAGUUGAUCGAUCCAUGACGCCUGUCCGCCACCAUGAUAUUUACCCGAAGAAUAUGCUUGUUGUAUCUGGUACAAGGAUUGUAUGGGUUGAUUUUGAUGUUGCGACAACCUUCAGCAGCAUGGGCCUUUGCGAGAAGGCAUAUUGCGAUAAGACCGAACUUGUCAAGAGUUUUGGAAAGCUUCUGAACGACGACAAAAGACACGGUCUUCCACCCAAUACAAAGUAUUACUAA